AUGGACAAUAUGGAAGGAGAUGGACACAAUCAAACACUAGUCUCUGAAUUCAUUUUGUUAGGACUGACAGAUAAUCACAAGCUGAAUAUUCUUUUCUUUAACAUUAUUUUAUUAAUGUAUUUUGUGACAAUAAUAGGCAAUGUGGGUAUGAUCAUUUUAAUUUGCUGCUGCACCAAACUUCAUAAUCCCAUGUAUUUCUUCCUUGGUAAUUUAUCAUUUUCAGACUUAUGUUACUCUUCUGUAAUCACUCCAAAGCUGAUGACCAACUUGUGUUCUGGCCAAAAGAUGAUAUCCUUUAAAGGGUGUGUCUCACAGCUUUUCUUUUUUGCGCUGUUUGUGGGUGCAGAGUGUUUUCUGGUGACUGUUAUGUCCUAUGACCGCUAUGUGGCAAUUUGUAAUCCUUUAUUAUAUGCAGUUAUCAUGAGCCAAACGCUUCGGGUUAAGCUGGUCGGAGCUGCUUACUCUGGGGGAAUACUUACCUCAAUAAUACACACUAGCUGCACUUUCAGUAUGACUUUCUGUGGCUCAAACAAAGUCAACCAUUUCUUUUGUGACAUCCCACCACUUCUAAAACUCUCCUGCACUAACACCUUUAUCAGUGAACUUUUUAUGUUUCUCUUGUCUAGUACCCUCGGAGGCUUGUCUGCAACAGUUAUCAUGUUUUCCUAUACUAAAAUAAUAUCUGCAAUCCUGAGGAUGCAGUCUCCAGAAGGAAGACAAAAAGCCUUCUCCACUUGUUCCUCUCACUUACUAGUAGUCUCUUUAUUUUUUGGCACAGCCAUCUUUCAGUAUGCAAGGCCAAUUUCUAGUUACUCAGUCCAGAAGGACAAAGUCAUUUCUUUAAUCUAUACAGUUGUUAUUCCCAUGUUAAAUCCAAUCAUUUACAGUCUUAGAAAUGCUCAUGUGAAAGAUGCCUUUAUUAGUGUAAUAGAUAUAACUACUUUAUGCAAAUAG